CACUGCCAAUUUCCUCUGCCUUGCUCUGUCUGUUCGACGACACCACCAUGAAUGCCGGCAGUGGAAAGCGGCGUGGCUUGGCAGCCGAGGCUUCUCCAAACCCUUCGAAGAGAUUCCAGUCCGGACCCCCAGGGCCUGGAAAUGGCAAACCUAAUCCUUCCCCGGCGGUGAACGGGAUCAACGAGAUGGAAGACGACCUAAUGGACGAAGACGUUUUCCUGGAAGAAACCCUCCUCAAGUACGAUGAGGACGAAGAGGCCCUCCGCUUACUUCAAGAUGAGGCUGUUGCCGCUCGGUUUUCGAAAUGGAAACGCCCUGCUCUUUCCACUUCGUUCAUCUUCUUUGAUGCAGUAUUUCAGCAGUUAGAAAUUGAUUAUGUGAUUGGAGAGACCCACAAGGAGCUGCUUCCAAUGUCUUCCGGCCCUGCAGCAAUUCUCAGAAUUUUUGGAGUAACCAAGGAAGGUCAUAGUGUGUGUUGCCAUGUACAUGGAUUUGAGCCAUAUUUCUACGUAAGUUGUCCCUCGGGAAUGAGCCCUGAUGACAUCUCAGGAUUUCAGAAAACUCUCGAGGGUAGAAUGAGAGAAUCCAACAGAAGCAGCAAUGUGCCACGGUUUAUCAAACGGAUUGAGAUGGUUCAAAAGAAGAGCAUCAUGUACUACCAGCAACAUGAAGCUCAACCUUUUCUAAAGAUCAUAGUUACUCUGCCAACCAUGGUUGCUAGUUGUCGUGGCAUUUUGGAGAGGGGCAUACAGAUUGAGGGCCUUGGUUCAAAGAACUUCCUUACAUAUGAAAGCAAUGUUCUUUUCACGCUGCGCUUCAUGAUUGAUUGCAAUAUUGGCGGAGGAAACUGGAUAGAAGUUUCUGCAGGGAAGUAUAAGAAAACAAAGGCAGGUUUUUCUUAUUGCCAAUUGGAGUUGGAUUGCCUAUAUUCAGAAUUAAUUAGCCAUGUUCCGGAAGGAGAAUACUCGAAAAUGGCUCCAUUUCGCAUAUUAAGUUUUGAUAUUGAGUGUGCUGGUCGUAAAGGACUCUUCCCUGAGCCUACUCAUGAUCCCGUUAUUCAGAUUGCCAACUUGGUCACUAUCCAAGGUGAAGGCCAGCCUUUUAUACGAAAUGUCAUGACUUUGAAGUCCUGUUCACCUAUUGUUGGGGUUGAUGUGAUGUCCUUUGACAAAGAAAAAUAUAUUUUACUUGCGUGGAGGGACUUCAUUCGUGAGAUAGAUCCAGAUAUUUUAAUUGGAUACAACAUCUGUAAAUUUGAUCUGCCUUAUUUGAUCGAGAGAGCCGAAGCACUCAAGAUAGCAGGAUUUCCAAUUCUUGGCCGUGUGAGAAAUAGUCGGGUUCGGAUUCGGGAUACUACUUUCUCUUCAAGACAGUAUGGCAUUCGAGAAAGCAAAGACAUAACUGUUGAAGGAAGAGUUCAAUUUGAUCUUCUUCAGGCAAUGCAAAGGGAUUAUAAACUUAGUUCUUACUCUUUGAAUUCUGUUUCUGCACACUUCCUUGGCGAGCAAAAAGAGGACGUCCACCAUUCAAUAAUAUCUGACCUUCAGAAUGGGAACUCGGAGACAAGAAGGCGGCUUGCUGUAUAUUGCCUGAAGGAUGCUUACCUUCCACAACGGCUUUUAGACAAAUUAAUGUAUAUUUACAACUAUGUGGAGAUGGCACGAGUUACUGGAGUUCCUAUUUCCUUCCUUCUAGCCAGAGGGCAGAGCAUUAAGGUUCUUUCACAACUACUGAGGAAAGCCAAACAGAAGAAUCUUGUUAUUCCAAAUAUCAAAGGGCAGGGGUCAGGGCAAGAAACUUUUGAGGGAGCAACUGUUUUGGAGGCAAAAACUGGGUUUUAUGAAAAGCCAAUCGCUACUCUAGAUUUUGCUUCCUUGUAUCCAUCCAUCAUGAUGGCCUACAAUCUAUGCUACUGCACUUUGUUGACGCCGGAAAAUGCCCGACAGAUGAACUUACCAGCAGAAAGUAUUAACAAGACUCCAUCCGGUGAUACUUUUGUUAAAUCUGAACUGCAAAAGGGCAUCCUUCCAGAAAUUCUUGAAGAAUUGUUGACUGCUCGUAAAAGAGCAAAAGCAGACUUAAAAGAAGCAAAAGACCCAUUUGAGAAGGCUGUACUGGAUGGCCGCCAGCUAGCAUUGAAGAUUAGUGCGAAUUCUGUUUAUGGUUUUACUGGUGCUACCGUUGGGCAGUUACCCUGUUUAGAGAUAUCUUCCAGUGUGACAAGCUAUGGUCGACAAAUGAUUGAGCACACAAAGAAGCUCGUGGAAGAAAGAUUUACGACACUAGCUGAUUAUGAAUAUAAUGCAGAGGUUAUUUAUGGAGACACAGAUUCUGUUAUGGUACAAUUUGGCGUGCCUACUGUGGAAGCUGCAAUGAAAUUAGGAAGAGAGGCGGCAGAGUACAUCAGUGGUACUUUCAUAAAGCCUAUCAAGCUAGAGUUUGAAAAGGUAUAUUAUCCAUACUUACUGAUAAGCAAGAAGAGGUAUGCAGGAUUGUAUUGGUCGAAUCCUGAUACAUAUGACAAAAUGGAUACAAAAGGCAUUGAGACUGUUAGGAGAGACAAUUGUCUGCUGGUUAAAAAUCUGGUGACAGAGUGCCUCCACAAGAUAUUGAUUGACAGAGAUGUUUCUGGUGCUGUACAGUAUGUCAAGAACACUGUUUCUGAUCUUUUAAUGGGCCGAGUGGAUCUUUCUCUUUUGGUCAUAACAAAGGGUCUGACAAAAACUGGUGAUGAUUAUGCCGUGAAAGCUGCUCAUGUUGAACUUGCAGAACGUAUGCGAAAACGUGAUGCUGCUACAGCUCCAAAUGUGGGAGAUCGGGUUCCUUAUGUUAUUAUUAAAGCUGCCAAAGGUGCCAAGGCAUAUGAAAGGUCAGAAGAUCCUAUUUAUGUGCUAGAGAAUAAUAUUCCCAUUGAUUCUCAGUAUUAUCUUGAAAACCAACUUCAGAAGCCACUUCUGAGGAUAUUUGAACCUAUGCUUAAGAAUGCCCAGCAAGAGCUUUUCAAAGGAAAACAUACAAGAAACUUGAAGAAUUCAACACCUUCAAACAGCGGAAUAAUGAAAUUUGCGAAGAAACAGCUUAGCUGCCUUGGAUGCAAAGCUUUAAUCAGUGAUUCAGAUCGAACACUUUGUGGACAUUGCAAAAGCAGGGAAGCGGAAUUGUACUGCAAGACCGUAGCAAAUGUUGCUGAGAUGGAGGCGCUUUUUGGGAGGCUUUGGACACAAUGUCAAGAAUGUCAAGGUUCGCUUCACCAGGAUGUUUUGUGUACAAGUCGAGAUUGUCCGAUCUUUUAUCGGAGAAAGAAAGCACAGAAAGAUAUGGCGGAGGCGAUGAUGCAAUUGGAUCGAUGGGACUUUUGAGUCUCACAUUGUGAUCAAAUUUGCUCAACAUUCUGAUCCUCUGCUAUUUUUUCCCUUCUGCUUCAUGCAUAUGCUGGACUUGAAGUUUGCCUUGUGAUCCGCGCACACGACGACCGUUCGGCCAAUACCUGGCAGCACAACUAAGAGCAGGCAUGGCCGAUCGAUCACAGUAUCUCGCACGAAUUGUAAGUUACAUCCAGUUCAACAUGGUGUUUCAGCUUCUGAUGAAGACUUCCAGAAAUGAAUUUUUUGGGGAAGAAUGUGGACUUUAAGUUCUCCUGAAGGUUGGCCAUUAGACUUUGUCAUCUGAAUUUUUUUUUUGUUUUAUGUAUUUAUGUUGUAAGAUAGGAUUUAGAUGAAUGAGUUUAAACUUAUAGCGGGUCAAAUGUUCUUAGAUUUGAUCAACUAAUUGGAUGUACACUCUUCUUUGUUCUCUAUAUUGUCUAUUUUCCGUUAGGGCCAUUUGCAUACAUA